AUGACCUUUGCCGGAUUUAUGCGAUAUUUGCUUGGGUCAAUUAUCACCCUUUCUGUACUCACUGGCUAUAUUGGUGCCAUUGGAUACGGAAUUUACUGGUGGAAUAGAAUUUACAUCGAUUUUCCGUAUUUUGGUGGCGAAUAUCUCAAGUUUUUCGUUUAUCUUACUCUUACAUGGGGCAUCCCAGGACUUUUCAUCCUUUUACUUUUGAUUUCAGUCAUUUUUGAUUGCUGCAAGGAAGGAAAUCUCAUCUCUUCAUUCGCUUCAGGAAUUUCUAUCAUUUGUUUGAUUGCCGGACUUCUUGGUGUCACACCAUUCUUCGUAUCACGCUCUACAAAACACAGAAGUAACAUGAUUUGGAAUUCUCCAAGAAAUCAACUACCUUCUAAUAUUCAAGAAAAACUUAAUAAUUGGAUCAACAAACAAACAGCUGGCAUGUCAGAAGCCGAUAAACAAAAAUUCAUUACAAAAUUUGACACGGUAGAGUAUAGAAUCAAUGAGCCACGCGAGAUUUUCUUAUAUUUCGUUUACUUACAGCUUGGAUCUGCAGUUUUAGAGAUCUUCUUAGUCAUUUUCGAGACUUGCAAAUAA